GUAGGCAAACGCACAGAAGCAUUAUGCUGAUGUGUAUUUGUCUGUACGCAGAAUGAGCGGUUUUACUGACAUGCUGUUAAAAAUACCAUGAAUGUAAACGAAUGGCCUCAAAUUGAAUAUGUCAACUUGUUGGAAUCUCUUUUUGGUCGUUAUCUUCUUUGGAGCAGGUAUCGGAGUCUCCACUGAGCGCAGAGGUGCGGGAGCCAUGCACUCUCCAGACAUCGUACAUCUCCACUCCGGGGGUACGUGCAAUUUCACAAAUAAUAACGGGACGGUUGAUUUAAAUCUUACGUGUCAGCAGGAUUUGGAGGUUCCCCUCAACUCCAGCACCAUGCGUAACGACAGCGAUCCGUUUGGAAGGAACGAGGAGGUCGCCAAAAUCGAGAUCACUGUCCUGAGCAUAACGUUCCUUGUGGCUGUGGUGGGGAACGUCAGUGUACUACUGGCUAUGUACAACUCCAGACGGAAGCCGUCUCGCAUGCACCUGUUCAUGAAGCACUUGAGUCUGGCCGACCUGGUGGUUGCGUUUUUCCAGGUGCUGCCGCAGCUCUGCUGGGAGAUCACCUUUCGUUUCUACGGGCCAGAUUUCCUGUGUCGCAUCGUGAAGCACCUGCAGGUUCUGGGGAUGUUUGCGUCCACGUACAUGAUGGUGAUGAUGACACUGGACCGCUAUAUCGCCAUUUGCCACCCGCUGCAGACGCUCCACCAGCCCACGCAGCGCGCUUAUAUCAUGAUCGCCUCCACCUGGGUGUGCAGCCUGGUUCUCAGUGUGCCUCAGUACUUCAUUUUCUCCCUGAGUGAGGUUAUUCCUGGCUCGCAAGUUUACGACUGCUGGGGGCACUUCAUUGAGCCGUGGGGCGUGCGCGCGUACAUCACCUGGAUCACCGUGGGAAUCUUCCUCGUGCCAGUGGCAGUUCUUGUGCUGUGCUACGGCUUUAUUUGUCACACAAUCUGGCAGAACAUCAAGUACAAGACCCGCAAGAGCACGAGCACGCUAGCCGAGGCAACAAAAAAGGGCUUAAUUGGGAAGAGUUCGGUUAGCAGCGUCACCACCAUCUCGAGAGCCAAAUUACGCACUGUAAAAAUGACUUUUGUGAUCGUCCUAGCUUAUGUGGUAUGCUGGGCUCCGUUCUUCAUUGUGCAGAUGUGGUCGGUGUGGGAUGAUAACUUCUCAUGGGACGAUUCGGAGAACACGGCUGUCACACUCUCAGCGCUGCUGGCCUGUCUGAACAGCUGCUGUAACCCAUGGAUUUACAUGGUAUUCAGCGGCCACUUACUGUCAGACUUUGCGCAUUGCCUGCCGUGCUGCCUCAGGCUGCGCCACAAGUUUGGUCAUCAGGAUUCGGACAGCAGCAUCCGCAGAACUACGCUCCUAACCCGCGUACCUCCGCCGCGUACCACGGAGCCCUGGAGAGACUGCAACCAGGCUCCUAGAAACUGUCAGUCAAUUCCGUUGCAGUCUUGACCGUACGUGCGCUCACCGUAAACAGUGUCCAUAUGGUUCCAUUUACGCUCCAUAACACAGCGACAGCUAUCGAGAGUUUUUCUGGAGAGUCGUAAUUAGAACAAUAUGAACUGACUUGAGUCUGUCCAUCAUGCGGGCUUACGUUACUGAGGGAAGGCAAGCACAUCAAUCCGUCAUGGUGUACUGCGGGUACAUUAAGUGUGGAUGUGCCUGUACAAUGUGGACGGCCACUGAUGAUCCCAGACCAUUUAUAGGCAGACGUGGCAUCCUGGUUUAUCUUGGGUUCAGACACAUAAUUACAGACAAAGUCUCCUGUCUCCAAGACAGGGUUAGUCUAGUCCAAGUUACUGACCUGGACAUGGACCCAUAGGUACAACUUGUUGCCCCAAUUCCUGCUUAUGGAUGGGUAUAGUUCAGUGGUCGAGCAUUUAAAGAGGUAGCAAGUGCAAAUCCCAUUAUGUAUGUUGCUUGGAUGAAAGUGUCUGCUAAAUACAUACAUCAUUAGUGUUAUUAUGAGCUAUAUUGACACUCUGAUCUGUCACUUUUAACAUUUGAUAGGUUUCAUUGCUAGUGUGAUUUAGUGAGGUAAAGUCUUCAUUGGUGUGUCCUUGUGUUUGUGAACUCAUUAUUGUAGCUAUUCCUAAUGGCUCACACAUCACGCUGUAUAAUAAUUGCAAUUGCACUUUGUAUAGACCAUAAUGAAUCAUGCCACAUGCCUCGAAAUUAGAUAAUAACUUUCGUUUCUGAGACGUGCCUUGUUUCUUUAGUCAAAUGAGCACAAACACGUACCCCCCCAUCCCUCCUCCUCUUCCUGCAGAUCCCCAAGCCCGUGUCCCAGCCUCCUUGCAUCCCCCCCCCCCCCACACGCACACACACACACAAACAGUCUUGUGUCGCUUUGCAUUCUCUGAGUCUCUGUUGGUUCAAAGUGUGGGACCUGUCAUAAGCCUCAGACGAGUCCUCUCAUGGUUGUUGAUGGCAGGCUGAAGCUGAAACAGCAUACAGGCAGGAUGGGCCUUUCAUUCUCUAUCUCAUUUACAUUAAAGCCAUGCGUCUAUAGUGAGCUGUGUGCUGUCAAUGUAAAUUUGUGAAAAUCACAUAUAUCAGCUUUUUGGGGUCAUGAAUGUGUUUUUCCUCACCUGCUGUAAGUUACAAAGAAUGUGAUCUCAGAGCCCAGAAGUCUGUUUUUCUCUCCUUCAAAAUUUUGAUUCACGAGAUUACUAAGAAUGUAUUCCAAAUGUUUUUAAAUGUGGAAGAUACUGUAGGCUACAGUUCUGUCCUGUAUUAUUGUUUCCACACCUGCUCUGUUCAGAGGAUGACACUUAGACUAAACCUAAAACAGGGAAUCAGAGAUUACACAUGUAAUCAUACACUUCCAUUGCAUGUUUAGACAAGGGUAUUUAUGUGUGUGUGUCAAUUCUUGAAGCGCAUACACAAUAAAG